UUCAAAUGAGAGAUUACCUAUGCACAUAUAACAUUUUGCAUUACUUUACUGUAUCAAAAUUAAGUUAUACAUAAAGCGCUACGGCCAUUCAUACGUAUCCUAUUGUACAAUCAAAAACCAUGUUCAAAAUAUUACUUUUAUUUGCAAUUAAUUUGUGUUUUGUUAAUUUAGAAAAACUUAAUAGCCCAGAAGACAAUUUUAUUUCGUUUGAAAACGAAAUUUUAAUAGACGCAAGGAGAAAACUAAAUAUCGAUGAUCAAGAGGAAAAUACAUUGGUACAAUUAGUACGAGAUUAUUUUGGUCCAUUAAUUGAAUUUGGAACAACCGACCAUGUUCGAGAUCCAACUUCAAGACGAACGAUUUUUAAAACUACUCUUCCGGAACCUGUUCAAUUAACAUUAAAGUGCUAUAGGUGUUUAAUUUUAGCAAAAACAAUAUUAAGAUACUUUCAUUCUGGAUUACCGCCAGCAGGAAUAAAAGCAAUAGCUACACAGUUUUGUAUUAAAAGUCUACUUGUUCCUGAAGAAGUAUGUCGAGGUGUUAUUGAACUCAAUGUGCCAAUUUUGAUUUAUAUACUCGAUAAAAGGCCUGAGUUAACAGCCAAUGAUAUUUGUGAAAUAUUUUCUCAACCCGAUUGCUUAAAAGACAUUAAUUACGAAGGUAAAAUAAAUUCAUAUAAAUAUUUUACAAAGAAGAUACCGAAAGUAUUUAAGGAAAAAAAAUCUUUAACUCCAUUAAAAAUAAUUCAAGUAAGUGACAUUCAUUAUGAUCCAGCUUAUCAAGAAAAAAGUAAUGCAGAUUGUGAUGAACCAUUAUGUUGCCGGGUCGAUAGUGGAGAGCUGCAAAAUGAUUCAUCUGGAGCUGGAAAUUGGGGAGAUUACAGAUCAUGUGAUGUACCUCACAAAUUAAUAAAUAAUGCAUUUUUAGAAAUUCGGAGACGACAUCCCGAUACAGCAAUGAUAUUUUAUACUGGCGAUUCUGUACCUCAUAAUGUUUGGAGUACUACCUUUGAAGGAGUAAAAUCAAUUAUAGGACAAAUUACCGAUGAUUUCACACAACAUUUUCCAGAUGUACCUAUUUAUCCUAUAUUGGGUAACCAUGAUACACAACCAGUAAAUCAAUUUGCACCUAGUGAGGUUUAUGGUGAAUUUAAUUCAACAUGGUUAUUUGAAUAUGUUGCAAAAGAUUGGAAAAAAUUACUUCCUGAAUCAGCUUUAAAUACUUUAAGACAGUAUGGUUUUUAUGCUGUGCACCAUUCUAAAAGACUCAAAAUAAUUUCCUUGAAUUCAAAUGUUGCCUAUACAUACAAUUGGUGGUUAUUUUAUGAUGAUGAAUUUUUCUUUGGGCAAUUAGAAUGGUUAGUGAUAGAGCUAAUAGAAUCCGAAAUGCAAGAACAGUUUGUGUACAUUCUAAGUCAUGUGCCACCUGGAGAAAAAGACUCUUAUAUUAAAUGGCAAAUUGAAUACCAAAAUAUAAAAGUUCGGUUUUCCCAUAUAAUUAAAGCAGAAUUUUCUGGACAUACUCAUAUGGAUCAAUUGAGACUUGUUUAUACAAAUAAUAAUGUAACCAAUCCAAUUGGAGUGGUGUAUAAUGGUGGCAGUUUAACACCGUUUGAAUUCGUAAAUCCUAAUUAUAGAGUUUACUACGCUGAUCCAAAUACUUUUGACAUCAUAGACUAUGAACAAUGGAUAUUUAACUUAACGCAGGCAAAUGAGGAUCAUGGUUCACCCGAUUGGUUUCCAUUAUAUACUUUCAAAGAAGCAUACAAUUUAGAUUCAGCCCAGCCAAUAAAAUUAAACCAGUUUAUAGAUAAUUUAAAAACAAAUAAAACAUUAUUUGAACAAUAUAGAAGGUUCGAAAUCAAAGACGCUAACUAUGCACCAUUACAAGAUUGUAGCGAUCCAACUUGUAAACGACAAACAUUAUGUGAAAUAAUUACAACACUAUACAAGGACCGUAGAGUAUGUAAUGCACUUUUAGGAAAUAAAAAAAAGAAAUUCGAACAGUAUUAUGACAUUAGAGACAAUAUUUGUUAUAAAAGAUUAAAUCAACUUACGAAUAUGAUCGCAGGAGCAGCAAGUUACAUCGAUUGCCUUACAAAAUGCCAUGUAUAAGAUAAAGACUAGUUUACACGCUCACUCUUAAGCCAUAAAUUAUUACACCGAUGUUAUAACUACUAGUGUAAAAUGUCGUUUCUUUUUUGUCUUGGAAUUUCGUUGCAGUAUCUUUGAAAUCGACUGGUUGAGAAAUUGGAAGUAACUAUACACUUACUGCAAUAAGUAAAACUAUAACCGUAACCUAACCCAAAAUAACCCAAAAGGAUGAAUUUAUCAAUAAUAAUUUAUAAUUCUAUUCAUAGCACAUAAAUAUGUUAUUUAACUUAACAUAAAAAAAAACCAGUGGACGUGGGGUAUUCUUAAAAUGAAAUGUAUGGGGCCAGGGAAGUUGUAAAUAUAGUAUAAUAAGAGGGUUUUUUUUAAUGC